UUUCAUGUGCCAGAUGUCAGAUUUGCGAUUUGCCAUUGACGUUACAGGUUAUCUGGACAAUUUCCCAGUUUAUAGACAUACUUUCGCAAUUACCCUCUUUUAUCGCUUCUCAAACUGCACUAGAGGCUAAGCGACAUGGCCGGAUAUAACGAGGAAUACGAGCAGAAUUACGACUACAACAGCUAUGAUGAGUUCGGAGGUCACACGGGGGACCCCAAUCAGGACGCCGAAUUCAGCCGCCAACAGUACACAAUGCCCGACAAAGUGAAGAACUUCCUGAUCUACUUCAGGAACCAUGUGAAUGAGGGACUGGUUUUCGAGCUGCAGACCCUCUAUGAGAUGUCAUGGCCCAAGCUGACCGAGGAUUAUUUUGAGAAAAGGCCCUGGCCCGAGCAGAGCGACGUUUUGAAAAUCGUGGGUGCUGACUCUGAGGUUUUCAUCAUUCUAUACAAGGAGCUGUACUUCCGACACAUCUACGCGCGGAUUCAAGGCGGUCCCACCUUGGAGCAACGCUUCAACUCCUUCUAUAACUACUGCGACCUGUUCAACUACAUUCUGAGCGCUCCUGAGCCGGUGCCCUUGGAACUGCCUGACCUGUGGCUGUGGGAGCUGAUCGACGAAUUUGUCUAUCAAUUCCAGUCGUUCUCCCAAUACCGGGCGCGAUUGCAGAAGAAAACGCAGCAAGAACUGGAGACGCUCAACUCCAACAAUAAAGUGUGGAAUGUGCUGUGCGUGCUUAAUGUGUUGCACUCGUUAGUGGAUAAGAGCAACAUUAAGCAGCAGCUGGAAGUGUAUGCCAGUGGGGGCGAUCCGGAUUCAGUGGCUGGCCAGUUUGGGCGCAACUCGCUUUACAAAAUGUUGGGAUACUUCAGUCUCGUUGGGCUCUUAAGGCUACAUUCGCUCUUAGGCGACUACUACCAGGCAAUCAAGGUGUUGGAGAACAUCGAGGUGCAUAAGAAGUCCCAGUACGCUCAUAUUCCAGCGUGUCAGAUUUCCACUUCGUACUAUGUGGGCUUCGCCUACAUGAUGAUGCGCCGCUACUCCGAUGCCAUUCGCACUUUUUCGGGCAUUUUGCUGUAUAUCCAACGCACCAAGCAGCUGUUUGCCUCCAAAACCUACCAGCACGACCAGAUCAAUAAGCAAACCGACCAGAUGUACCAUUUGCUGGCCAUUUGCUUGGUUUUGCACCCCCAGUGCAUCGAUGAAAGCAUCCAGCAGACGUUGCGGGACAAAUCCUAUCACGAGAAGAUGUACAAGAUGCAGUACGGGGAUUUGCAGGAGUUCGAAAACAGCUUUGUUUACGCUUGCCCGAAGUUCCUGUCCCCCUAUCCGACGCCUAUCGUGUCGGGCAUCGACGAUGUCUCCAAAGAAGCCAUCAAGCAUCAGACACAAGUUUUCAUGGAUGAGGUUCAACAGCAGAAGAUGCUGCCCACCAUCCGCAGCUACUUGAAGCUCUACACGACGCUGCCGCUGAGCAAGCUGGCAACGUUCAUGGCUCAGAACACUCGCGCUGACGGCCAGUGGGAUCUGGACAAAGAGACGCAGAGCUUGCUGAUCCAUCUGUUGUGCUUCAAGCACAAGAUGAAGAACGUGGUGUGGUCGAAGGGAGCGUCGGGCCUGGAUGGCAAGUUCCAAAGCGGCUCCGAGUUGGACUUUUACAUCGACAAUGAGAUGAUCCAUAUUGCCGAUACCAAAGUGGCGCAUCGCUACGGCGACUUUUUCAUCCGGAAAAUAUUAAAGUUCGAGGAUCUGAACCGUAAGCUGCACAUGAUCAAGAUGUAACUCAGGAGCUGCGCGGACAGCUAAGUAUUCGAUUUUUUUAAAUAAAUGUCAAAUAUACACACCAAAAAA